GUUCUACACACAACUAACACAAGUCCAGAAAAUCUGCAUCACGCCCUCACAGCGCGCGAAAUGGGAAUAUCAUCGCCAACCCCUCUGCGAGUCAGCAUCAGUGCCAGAUUCGUAACAACAAUAUCUCGCUCGAUCUCCAAGGACCCGGAACCAUGGCUGUCCACCACCAUCACGGGGAAGCAUGGCAGUAAUCGUACUACUAGACUCUCCAUUAUCGCUCGCCUUGGCUCUUAUCCUCUUCCUAUUCCUAUUUCGCUUCACCCUCGUCGCCCUCUAUCUCAUCCUCCUCUUCGCACUCUGUUCCAACCUCGUUCACCUCGUUUUCGACCUCCUCUGCUCGUCACCAUCGCCUCCAUGACUUCUUCCGCUUCCUCCGAUCCCAAGACAGUAGUUAGGGUUGUGAUAAAGGGCAGGGUUCAGGGAGUGUUCUACAGGGACUGGACGGUGGGAAACGCGACGGAGUUGGGGCUUAAGGGCUGGGUGAGGAAUCGCAGAGACGGCGCCGUCGAGGCUCUCUUCUCCGGGGACCCGGCUAAGGUUGACGAGAUGUCGCAGAGGUGCCGCCGUGGCCCUCCAUCUGCUGUCGUCACUGGGCUUGAGGUUUUCCCCUGCGAUGACGAUCCUGGCUCCGGGUUUGAGCGCAAACCAACGGUUUGAUUUUCGGGGUUUGUACUUUUUUUUUCUCUCCCUUUUUGUACGUUUGGCCUACGAAUGAAUAAUAAUGAGUGCCGAAAGUUGAGACCCGCAAUGUAAUUUUGAUCGAUUAUGAAGCUGUGGAACUCAAUGCAGUCAUUUGGCACUUGGUUAGGUUCUUGAGAAUCUAUAUCUGCCUAGUUUGUGCUGUUUUUAUUUGCUUUCAGAGUAGCUUCCUUCCAAGUUCAAAGGAGCGGUGAUAAUCAUUUGAUCUGCAGUGAGGCAGCGUUAGCACUUGUUGUUGCCUUUACGUUGAUAGCAUAAUACUGUUUACCUCAAGUUUGCUUGUUUGGUAUGUAUAAGUUUCUGAACAGAAACUAUACAAGGUGUAUAUUGCAGCCAUAUGCGAGCGAAAGGGCUCCAAAUACAACCUGGCUAGAGUAGCCACGCCAUUACUGAUAAUUCAGGAAGAGAGGAUUCUACUUUGCUGAAAAGUCUCAACAUUUCACUCAAGCGACAGGACAUGAUCCAGCAAAGUGCACGAGGAAGAACUUUCUCGAAUGGAGCGCAUAGGUAUUUAAGUGUAAUCAAUUAUCAGUUGGACAUAAACUCCGUGACACAAAAUGGGACAGUACAUUUUGUAAGGAGAUGAUUGCAGGAGUGGGCACAAGAUCCUUCCAAGAAAGCUGGGACGGAUUCCUCUUCUUCGAAGCACAAAGAGCAUCGACUUGGAAAGGAAUGCUCCACCCUAUCCUUAGGUGUUCAUCAGGGUUGUGCAUAAAUGUCGUCCUUUAUGAGUUAUCAGUGAGAGGCAUCCUUUCAUAGUUCUCAUCUCACACACAAGUUUUUUGUUUGGGGAUAAUGCCUAGAAUGAGAAUUGGCUCACUGAUUUUGAGGCAGGUUAUGAAGGUCCUUUAUCAGAGGUUUAGGCAAAGGUCCAAUCACUCUGUUCUUUCCUCCACUGGUGCACGGGAGGAGAAAGUUGAUCUCAGUCGAUUACCUGAGGCGCUUCCGGAAGAUGUGAGAGAGGGACAUUUUGUUGUGUAUACUGUAAAUGAUGGUGAACCUAAGAGGUUCAUUAUCAGGCUUGAUUACUUGGACCACCCAGGCUUUGUGAAGUUACUUGAGCUGGCUGCAGAAGAAUUUGGGCUUCGACAAGCUGGAGUGCUUGCUGUUCCUUGCAGGUCUGUUGAGCUCCAAAAGAUUCUUGGGAACUGGAGAAAGUAAGAUGGUAGUGAUGCUGGGUACUCUUUCUUAA